AUGGCGGCGGACCAGCUGGACCGGUACGCGCAGUGGCUCGCCGGCCAGGGCCCAGUGCCCAGCGCCACCCGCGGCGUGGCGGCCGGGGCGGAUCCGCUCUUCCUCGGAGAGUGCCCGGAGCAGAGGGCGGCCCGGACCGAGGAGCACCUGCGGCAGUUCGCAGUGCUGCUGGAGUUCGAGCGGCUGCUGGCCACCGUGCCGCCAGGGGUGUACGUCAUGCCCGAUUUCGACUCCGUGCUGUCGUGGCACGGCGUCAUCUUCCCAAGGCAGGGCCUGUACCGGGGCGCGGUGUUCAAGUUCAGGAUCCAGUUGCCCGAGGACUACCCAGCCUCACCGCCAGAGCUCGCAUUCCUCUCGGACGUGUUCCACCCCAUGGUCGAGCCCGGCACAGGGCGCGUGGCCCGGGAGGCUCUGUUCCCGGAGUGGCGCGCCGGCCGAGACUUCGCGUCCUCGGCGCUGCCCUUCCUGUUCAAGAUGCUGCUGCGGCGUGAGUUCUUUUCACCGCAGGGGAGGGCGACGCUCAACCCCGAGGCAAAAGACCUCUUCCUCGCCGACCCUGCUGCCUUCGCGGACAGGGCCGCCGAGUGCGCAGGCCAGAGCCUCAGCAAGGUCCAGGACGGAUGCCAGUUCAUGUUCCAGUUUGCCAGCUGGCCUGCGGACGCGCUGGAUAGCAUCGUGGAGACGCUGCGGGGCGUGGAGCCUGAGGGCACGCUGGAGACCAGGAAGGCCAUGUUCGUGGACUGGUUCUGCGACCGGUACUCUACAGGCCAGGAGUGGCCUGCGCCCCCACCCGCCGCCAGCUCUUGA